AUAUAAUAUUAUACAUAUAUCAUAGGAUAUAUAUUAGAAUAUAAUAUAUGAUAUAUAUAUUAUUAUAAAAUAUACUUAUUAUAUGUAUUAUAAUAUAUUAGAAAUAAAGAGAGAAGAAUCGGGAAAGAACAAAGAAGGGUCCGACGGAGGUCACGCACAGGUUCGGCGUCGGUGCUUGAAGCGGAGACGGUGACCGGAGUUCGGCUGGAAUCGACGAGUUUGACGGUCGGAAGGCUAUCGACGUGGUGUAAGGAGGAUGGCCUUGGUUCAGCAAGGCUAGGGCACGGCAGCUUCAGUCGCUAGAAGAGGCGGAAAUUGGGUUCGGUGGCCGGAUUCGCAAUGGAAAUCUGGUUGGCGGCCGUGGAUUUUAUUGCUUGUGCGAGAGAGGGCGAGAAGGAACCGUGCGGUUGAGAGAAGCAGAACUGUAAAGCCUGAAUUGAUUUCCUUUGAUGGCUUUUGAUUGGAUCAGGCCUCGUUCGAUGCCUGAUAUAGAGCCAUCUGAGGACCAUAUUUGGAGGGAGAUUGACCGAUUUGACCACUUCUAGUCUGCUUCCAUUAGAGAUCGACUGUUAUGGCAUCAGGAGAUGCUGAUUGAUAGAGAUAUAUAUGCUGGGUUGUUUUUUCGGUCACCUCGACUUCCUGCUUUUGAGUCGGAGCUUCCUGUAGGACAUGAUCCUAUAGACUGGGUGAUUACCCUUAGACUUCGCCAUCAUGACGGUGGUUCUUUAGGUCGAACUGUCGAGGGCUUGAGUUAUGGUACUCAAUAUGUAUUACAGCCUACUGCAGAUCUUGCAGAGCAUACUGGCACCAUCAGAUUGCUUAGUUACAGCCUAUCUCGUCAUGAGAUUGCAGAGCAGCAGUAUGAACAGUGUUUGGGAGCCCUUUUAGGAUGCUAAAGGGCUAUGUUUCAUGGGCUCGAUAUGUCUUGAGAGCUCAUCGAAGGGUACUUCAGCAGGCAGGCGUCUACAGAGCUAUUUAUGCCUCCUUGUUUGAUUAUAGUCGGCUCUCGUACUCAUGGCUUCAGGUACUAGUGGAGCACUGGGAUAGUAUCACAAACACUUGCUGGAUUAGACCGAAUGAGAUGAAAAUUAUCCUUUGGGAUUUGCAUUUGAUUUCUGGCCUACCUAUUUUGGGUAUUCCUUACGAGGAAUGCAUUCCUCAGGACUAUGAUUUGUUCAGUCGUCGACCAGUUGGUCACUCGAGGCCGGGAGAGUUUGCUUAUUCAGAUGGUCUUUAUCAAAGUUUGGCGCAUUACUACUGCCUUUGUAGACAGAGAGGCCAUCGUCGUGUGACUACAGUUUCUUUGGAUAGUUGGAUUGAGAGUGUUUUGCUCCAUGAGGCAUAUACAUUGUUGGUUGCUCAACCUCAUGAUCCCUUUGGUACAGAUCUUCAGUAUAAUGAGCAGGCUUCAGUUGAGUUUUUUGAGCCUAGUUUAGCAGCAGAAGUUCGACCGGUUACCGUUAGGGGGAUUUCAGAGGAGAUGUCUUUGGUGGCUUUUGUAGCCACUUAGUUGUGCAGUUUUGUCUUCCCGAGUCAGGACAGAUUGUUUCGUCCCAGUACACUUCUGAUGGCUAGCUUGAUUGCUAGUGGGAGACAGGUUUCUUUAGCCCCAGCCGCACUCGCGCAGAUAUACCAUGGUUUUGGAUAGAUUUCUGCCUCUUAUGGUCGCCGACAGCAUAUGGUUGAGGUACCAUGGAAUUAUGUCCAUGGAUGGGUGCAUAUGCACGUAGAGGGAGCUUUCAGUUGUGCUGAGUCACCGGACUACUAUUCAGAUUACUUCUUCCCCCUAUUGAUCCAGUUAGCCAGGGGGAUCUCAGCUACUGAUAGGGCCCAGAUCAGAUUGUUUUUCUUUGCACCCUUACUUGUGGCCAGCCGUUUUAGAUUGGUUUACAGAUCUCCAGUUGGAGGUUUACCCUCCCGAAGUUUAGGAGUUUCACUAUUAGAUUCUUUGACAGAAAGGGGCAGACCUACUUUGCUUUCCAGGAGCGGCUUUGCACCUAUUGCUUCUUACUUGGUCAGCAUGAGACCUGGAUGGCUUUGUUAUAGGAGAGAUUGUUCUAUAGUUUUGGAGGGGUAUAACCCCAAUAGAGCAGUGCGACAGUUUGGCUUUGUUCAGGCCACUCCUUUGGAUGGACUUCCAGCACUUCCUGGAGUGACAGAUCAUCGCCAUUUGAGCUCUCUUUCGUUUUCAGCUUGUCUUGAGGUGGCCUCCAUGACUUGGGCUUUUCUUCUUCGAUUUGGGACAAGUUCUCGCUUUUAUAUUGCACAUAUAGAUGCUCCUACCGGCAUUUCACACUUGCGGCUGCUCUGGAUUCGACACACCUUUUCCUCCUUCUUUGAGUUAGGCAUUCAGAGAUACAGUAGAAGGAUUAAGGGUACUGGCCAACCGAAGUAUUCAUCGGGCUUGAGGGAUUACACCCCCGCACGUACAAAGUCUUAUAAAGUGCAAGAUAAAAGGCGAAAGAGGAGUCCUGAACCUACUUAUAGGCAUGAUUGCCCUGCUGCCUCGCAUGGGCGUAGGCCGAUUUCUCCUUCUCUAGAGAGGGGUCGACCUAGGAGCAGGACUUCGUACGAGUAUACAGCGUCCCAACAUGCUCCUGUUGAUAUACAGGAUACUCCCCAAACUUUUCCUGUCUCUCCUAUUUUAGAGGCAGCUUGCUUGGAUGCUGCACAUAUUUCUCGAGGCCCAUAUGAAAUUCCUCAUACAGAUGAAGAUCACACCGCCGGUAGUCCUAGUGGACUUGUUGUGGAGCUUGUUGUUUCGUCUCCUACUCUUUCAGAUUCUACUUGGGUAGUCGUUGGUGACUCGUUGGGAGAGCUUUCACUUGAUGAUCAAUGUACUUGUAGUGGCUCUACCCAGUUACUACCCAGGAGUGAUACUGAUAACACCACGACGGAGCUAGUCACCCACCCUUCCUUGACUUAGGUGGUCUCAGAUUGUUCCUCAGGGGGUUCUUCACCAGACGUUACCUCCCACCAGAGUGGUUGGCGAUCUGUAGCUUCUAUAGAGGACUCUCAACUUUCAGGUUUAGAGCUUUCAUGUUUCGAGUCAAGAUCUGUGUUUCGAGCUCAUCGCUCUUUUAGUCAGCGGUGGCUAAGAGGAGAGCAGUAUGCCGUUAGUGCGCUACGAGUUUUACUACGGCGAGUAGACCUUAAUGCUUUACCAGACUUGUUUAGUUUUCAUAUAGAGGCCUGCUUACUUUUGAACUUUGCUGCCUCUUGUGGUCUACGAGAUAGCCUUUUGCAGAUGUGGGAGCUUUCCUGUCUCACUGUUGAGUUCGGGUUACUUCAGCUAGACUACGCUUCUCGGAGGUUGUCUUACAUAAUUCUUGCUGAUUUAGAGGCUGAGGCCCGAGCUACUUGGGAUAGGAUGAGGAGAGCUCGUUUUGAUUUAGAUAUUGGAUUACAAAAUUUGCAUCACUGUCAGCGGGACAUUUCUGGGGAGCAGAUGGUGCUUCUGGGUAUAGAAGCUGAGCUCAGAGCUUUGAAAUUGAGGGAGAUAGUUCUUCUAGAGAGACGUGAGGCGGUUAGAGCAGUGGCUACCCAUACCGAGGAGGACUUUUCUUUGAUAGCUUCCGAGGUCAAGCAUUUGGAGGAUAGAUUUUCUUUUUUCACUGAGGAGUUUGACUCGGCUCGUCGUCGGUUGGAGCUCGCACAGGAACAGCGAGCGAUGUUGGAGGAUCGUUUGUUCAGAGUUAGACAUCAGAUCAGCAACAUUCAAUUCAGACUUUGACAGCUUCAUUACCACAUUCAUGAUUGUCAGAAGACUUAAAGUUCUUCAUCUUGAAUAUUGUCGAUUCUUCAAAACGCCCAUAAGAUGUUUGAUGAAAUGAUUCUUGGAGUUGGUCAAACUCCAAACAAUGCUCCAGUUCAGGAUUUAUUCCUCAAGCAUGAAAAAUAAAACUACUCAAGCUUGACAUAUAAAUUUAAUGAAUUAAAUUUAUGGUCAUUUUAAUUGAAAUCUUAUCCACCAAUUGAUCUUGCAAGCUAUGACACAAGUCAAUUAUAAAACAUGAGAGAUCUCUUAACUUGCUGUGAGGUGCUAAAGCCCUUUAGAGUCCAAACAUAACCUUUAUUUCUUAUCUUUUUUUUUUUUUUUUUUUUUUUUUUUUUUUUUUUUUUU